AUGCUAUUUUUAAUAUAUAUCCAGAACCUUCAGCAACAAGUAAAUACAACUUGCAUUCAGAGCAAAGAUACUAUCAAUGGUGAGGAGGAGAAAAUCUAUCCUGAAGGAUGUGAUGCGAAUGAUUGCUGUGGGACUGUUAUACAGCAUGGUCUUCCUGAUAGCCCCUUUGCUCCUACAAAGUCACUGGGGAAUCAAGGUCGAUUCUCCCCUCCUUUGGCAGAACUUAAAGAAAGCACCAAGUUCUCUGGCACUUCGUCUUCUGAAAUUAGUGCAUCAAUGCCCAUGAAUUCUACAAGUGAUGUGGCUUCUCAUUGAUGAUGUGAAAUGCUAAGGUGCAUCCUUGCCUUAAUUUGCUAUUUUUCUAUAAUUCUACCCUCCUACACAUUCACUGGUAAGGUUGGUGAUUCUGAUUCAUUGCUACUUUGUUUCCGAUAAUUUUUUUUUUCUUUUUGCUGGACAUGAAGGUAUUCAUGUAAGUAAUAAAGAUUCGCAUGACCAAACAGAUCAACCUUGCUAGG